AAGACGCAAGUUGUAAAUUGGAGGAAUACAAAAAGAAAAAGAUGGAAUUGGUUUCAAAGCCAAACGCGACAGCUGCAGUGUGGGAGCACUUCGGAUUCAAACCGGAUGACCGUGGUGAACCACUUAACCUGAACGAGCCGGUAUGUCGCAUUUGUUGUAAAACAGUAGCAACUAAAAGCGGUAACACAACAAACAUGCAUAUGCACCUAAAACACAAUCACCCGGUGCAGUUUUCCCAGCUGGGAAAAAAAACUACAACAGACGGGCCGUCUCCGUCUUCCCGACAGUACACAAUCACUGGGGCGUUUAGUCGACAAACAAAGUACAAACAGGACAGUGCAAAAUGGUGUGCACUCACCGACAGUGUAGUUCGCUUAAUUGCUAAAGAGAUGCUGCCCUUUAGUAUCGUCGAAAAGCCGGCAUUUCGACGAAUGCUGCAAACAUUUGACAGCCAGUACGAGUUGCCUGGAAGAACAUACGUGUCACAAACUGCAAUUCCACAACUGUACAACAGCGUAAAAGAUGACAUACUACAGGAGAUCAAAGACAUCCAAUUUUACUCUGCCACUACGGAUAUGUGGUCAAGUUCAAACAUGACCCCCUAUAUGAGCUUGACUAUACACUACAUAACUGCUGACUGGAGCCUGCACUCCAAGUGUUUAGAGACCAGAUAUGUCCCAGAUAACCUGCUGACACCCUUGGAGAAAACCUGAAGUCUGCUGUAGCAGACUGGGGACCGGAUGAGCACAAACUAGUCUGCAUCACUACAGACAAUGGUGCUAACAUUGUUGCUGCAAUAAGGGGUCUUGGCUGGCCAUGGCUCCAUUGCUUUGGCCACAACCUCCAUCUCGCUGUGUCCCAUGGUCUGGACAGCAACAAAGAACAGACAGCGCGUGCCAUAGGACUCUGUAAAGGUUUGGUCAACACUUUCAACCUGAGCUGACUUAAGAGGAGAGACCUGAGGAAGGCACAGAGUGAGGCUAAUCUCCCCCAACACAGUCUAAUACUGGAUGUUGUCACACGAUGGGGAACUAAGCAGAAGAUGGUAGAGAGGGUGCUGGAGCAACUCCCAGCCAUAAGACGUGUCCUGGUUGAAGACCGAAAACAUAGCCACCUCAACCCAACCUGGCCGGAUGUUUCUGUGUUGGAGUCCAUCAACGCAGCAAUGAAACCACUGGCUGACUUCACAGACAUCCUCUCAGGAGAAAAAUACGUCACAGUGUCCUUUAAGCCUGUGCUGGAACUGAUUAAAGACGACCUUCUCUCUCCAGGCCCUGAUGACACUGCACUUACAGCCAGUAUUAAACAAAACAUGUGCAGGGUACUGACUGAAAAAUACAGCUCACCUGCAAUCCAAGUCCUCCUAAGAAAGGCCACCAUCUUGGAUCCAAGGUAUCGUGGCAGCAUGGAGGAGGCAGGUGCAUUGGAUGAUGUCAAACAUCAGCUUGUGCAAGAGCUACUGGACUUAGGACCAGAAAGAAGUGGAGAAGGUACCAGUGGUGAGAGCUGCAGCAAAGCCGCAGGAGGAAACAAGGAUGAACCUACUGCUGCCGCACUCACCAAGAAGAAGAGGCUGAGUGACCUUCUUCAAAACAGAAGAGCUUGUCAUCUGAGUCCGGCCCGGGCUGCAUUUCCAAAAAGAGUGCAGGCUGAUGCAGAGCUGACCAAGUUCCUCCAAGAAGAUGCACUUGAUGCAUCUUGUGAUCCCUUGAUGUGGUGGCAUGACAAUCAAAGAAGAUAUCCCUUGAUGGCCAAGUUGGCCCAAAAAUACAUGUGCAUUUGUGCAACAAGCACCAGCUCAGAGAAUGUUUAGCACAGCUGGCAACAUUGCUACUCCUGAGAGAUCCUGCCUUAAGCCACACAAAGUCAACAUGUUGGUAUUUCUUGCUCGGAAUCUGCCAUAAAAUCUCUCUCUUUCGUCCUUGGUGGACAUAGACUGCAAUUCACUUUUGCUUUAUUUGAACACAACUUUAUGCUGGAGAAACUCUUUUUUUUAAAAAUCUUUUUGCAUAUGGCCCGUUGAGGCAUCUUUUGCACUUUUUUGUUUACAAAGGCCCUAACCGGCAGUUUUGUCUGUUAUGGAAUGUGUCACUCUUUAUGUCUGAGCCCAAUGUUUAAUAUUUUUUGAAGUGCAAUUUUUUUUACAUCCAUUUUAUUUAUUGUUUUUGGUUGUGUUUGGUAUUUAUUCCAGUGUAUUUUUUGUUAACAGAGACAGAGUCCAUUGUAUUUAUUGUUUUUGGUUGUUUUGUUCAUUUAUUGUGGAUAUUUAAAAUGUCUUCCAGUUCCAGUGUUAAAUAUUCUUUAGAAAUAAAAGUUUAUUGAUCUUUGGAAAGUUGUAACUGCAUUAUUAUUCCAUUAUCAUU